AGCUAGUCAACGUGAAUCUUAAAGAAGGAUCCAAAGCAACAAACGAUAUCUCCAAUGAACAUCCGCUAACUUCUGAUCAAGAAAAAGAAGUCAUCAACGAAAACCUAUCUGUUGGCGUUAACAUUCGUGUAGUCAAGGCCAUGACUGCCACGGAUAGACCGGGUUUUUGCUCUGAGGUCAAAUUUUUAUGGCCUUAUUCGGUUAACCAUAACAAUUGUUGCAUCUAUAGAGUGCCAUGCGGGUUAAGGAGUGUGAACCCUGAGGCUUAUACUCCUCAAAUGCUUCUGAUCGGUCCUCUUCACCAUUAUAAGAAAGCGCAAGCUGUUGAGCUCUCCAAAACCGAUGUGAGAUAUAUGUACUAUAACAAGAUGGAGCUGCACAAGAAGAAGUACCUUGAGAAUAUUGCACUUACUUAUGGGAAACAAACGGUUGAGGAAUUCAGAAGCAUCAUCAAAAGAGAUGAGCAGUUCAUACGAGCAUGUUACGCAGAACCAACGGAUUCGAUCAACUCUGACGACUUCGUUGAAAUGAUGCUUCACGACUCGGUGUUCAUUCUAGUGUUUUUCAUGCACAUUGGACCUAGAUACAUCGACAAAACGGGAGAUUUUCUUUUCGACGAGCCUUGCUACCAAUACACUAUCUUUGGUGACCUAAUAUUACUUGAAAACCAACUUCCAUAUGCACUUUUAGAAAACCUCUUCGAACCCUUUUAUGCAAAGUUUGAGGGUAACAUAACGUUCCGUGGCAUUAUCCUUCAAGGUUUUGGGAUCCAAGGAAAGGUCACAAGAGAAAAGAGGUUCCUACAUUUCACGGAUUUGCGUCGGCUUGUCCUUGUCCAGACACUUGGUCUAACGGAAGAAGAGCAGAUUAACGCGAAACUUGUGAGAAAGGAGUCGAUAGCGAGACUUCGUAACGCAGAGAUGUUGAAUAGUGCAGGAGUUGAAUUUGAAUGUUCUGAAGAAGAGGCCUCGUUGUUGAUUAAAUUUGAACGUGGAAUCUUGACAAUGCCUUGCUUCAAGGCAGAAGAUGCAACUGAAAGGGUUUUUAGGAGCAUAAUGGCACUGGAGCAAUGUCAUUACCAUUACACAGCCUUUGUUUGUAACUACAUCGACUUCUUGGACUGUCUCAUUGACACUGAGAGCACUACAAGAAAACGAAGUUACAGCCGAGGACCAUAUUAA